AUGGAUACACAGUGUGAUAAGGGCCCGUUCGGAAAGAAAAUGCCAAAAAAGGACCUACAGUACCGGGAGAAAGGACCCCCGGAAGGGUGUCUCACGUCAUUGCGCAUCUUCAAAAAAGAAAUACCACAUGUUUCUGCACAACACGUUGUGAAGUUGGUGCUAACAGUGCUCAGCAGGAAGAACCCGUACUAUUUUGAAAACUUUGCUGGAGACUUCAUUCAAAUUACAUAUAAAUACCUGAUGCGUUUUCCCCAGUAUUACUUGCAAGUGACUGCUGCUGAAUGGAAAGAUUUAAUGAAGAUCCUCAUCUGGGCUUAUGAGAACGAGCUUUCUGGUACUGAUGCUGUGACCAUCGUCAGUAUAAUGGAGAAUAUUGUCAAAUAUUGCAGAAUGAGAGGAAUUCAGCAGAGAAAUUACGGUCCUGCACUAGUGCUACGACACUUGCCAGCGUUCUUGAAGAAGGCUUUGUUAAGCAACAAGUUGCCAUCACAGUAUGGUCUUCAGUCCAGCUUACUCAGUCUUCUGCUUACCUUCACUAAGGCUAUGGCCAAUGAAUGGAGAGAGUUGUUGUGCAGUAUUGGUGAAGAAACGUUUGAUGUUAUACUUGGCAUGUGGGAGGAGCGACCAACACCUCUCCAGAUACACUGGAUGGAAUAUCUCACUUUACAGAUAAUGAUUCAUCAUCCACAAAAGGGUGGUGAAAUGAAUGAGGUCAGCAGUUUUGUACAAGUUGUGAAAAUGGCAGGGGUUUUGUCUGCUGCGCCUUUUUCAGCUCAUCAUGACCAUAUUUAA